AACUAAAAUCCAAGCCGAAUAACAAUUAAAUCAUCAUGAUCUACCUUCAACGCUGCUUGUGCUGCGUGGAUCUGCGCCUCGGCACUAUUAUCGUUGGGAUAUUACACAUUGUUCUGGACGUUUUUGUCGCCAUCUACGUCGCCGUUUUCGGGGAGUCUGGAAGCCCCGAUCUGGCCCACAGAUUGUUCCUUAUCUUCAUGAUGAUUCACUUUCUGAGCUGCGUGCUUCUAAUUAUUGGAUGUUUAAGGCUAAGGAGCAAUGAUAUGAUAUUUUACGUACUAAUGACCUUGCUCCAGAUACUGGCUAUGAUUAUACUCAUCAUAUCCGAUGUAAUCCUUAACAUUUGGUAUUCGGUGAUUCUAGUUUACGCCGUGUUGUUGGUGAUAGCUAUAUACUUAUGGCUGGUGGCUUACUCCUUUUACGCAGCACUCGGCGGAGCUCUUUUCAUCUGAAUGCGAUUCGUGCCGGCAUUCUCCAGAUAUGUUUGUAAUAAAUUGUACUGUGUCUAUAUGUAGUAAUAAACUGCUUAGCUUUUU